AUGAAAAAUAAAAAUCUAAAGUUUACUUAAUUUGAGAAAGAUCAUGUUUUGUAACUACACAAACCACUUGAAAGAAGAGAAUAAAGCAUCAUUGAAAACAUUUCUAAGAAUGAGGAUGAAAAGUCUUUAAUUGAUGAAGACCAAGGUGGAUCAGAUAAUGAAAAAAAGGAUGAGCCAUCAAGAGUAGGGGAUUCUGAUGAUAAAAACUCAACUUAAUUGAUCAAGGCCAAAAAAGACUCAAAGCUAUCUUAAUCCCCAAAAGCAUACAAAUAUUACUAUGAGAAGUACUUGUUUCAUGAUAGAAAUAUGACUUUAGAUAUCUAAAAAAAUAAAAGAGCUUAUUUUUCAUCCUUCAAAAGUGUGCCAAGGGAAAGACAAGAGUAUGUAGAUAAUUUACAGAACAUCGAUACUCUUAAUUAAAAACCUCGAGUCUCUCAAAGCCCUUCCUAAGAAUACAUUGAUAAAAGACAUGGCCAUCAUAAUAGUAUACACACAUUGGAGGAUUUAAGAUCUAAAUCAACAAUACAAAAAAAAUAAAAAACUCUUGAUCUUACUAAAAAUUAAAGAUAAAAGGAAAAGAGUGAAUUGGUUAUAGACGAUCAUGAUUAAUCUUUCAAUGAUAGUUCAAACAUUCUUAAUCCUAGUCCUUAUAAAAAUGCUUCAAUAAUUCAUUAGAGUAGUAGUUCUAUUAAAAAUUCUCCGAGUCCUUAAAAAAUGAGACAAGGUUGGGACAAUGCUCAUGGCAUGUUGGAUCUAAAUAAAUAAUCUGAAAGGAAAUUUGUCUUUGAAAAUUUAAUCAGGAUCAAUGAACACAGAUUUGACUACAUAUAACUGCCAGUAAUUUACAGUAAGAAUAGAAAGGUGGUAGGGGAUGCUAAUUUUGGGAAAGGAUCAUCUAGAAAAGAUCUAUUUAAAUUGCCUGAAUAUUAACCAUCCUACAAUGCAAACUAUGAAAUUACUUAGAGAAAAAAUCCUCAAUUGGUUAAUAUGAACGUUAAGUAAAUGAAGGAAAUAUAUCACAAUAUUCAAUGA